AUGUCGCUCUCUACUCUCCAAAAGACUUUCGUCUUCAUUUCACUGUUGCUCUGCAUGUUUAUGGUGUCGGAAGCCGCAUUUCCAGCAGAGAUUUGCAUCAAAAAGUUGGAGAGAAUGUGCAGAAUUAUGAGCGCCGAGCAAUGUGCAAAUGCCAACAAAAUCAGUGAGCUCAGCGCUCUAGCCGACUGCUGCACCGGAACUUGCUCAUUCGAGGAGAUCAAACUCGCCUGUUGCUCUCUUCUGUAA